GCCACGUCGUCGCUCGAAUCGUAUGUUUACUGCGCGUGCAUAUGGCGGAAAAUAUUAAGUGUGGAUGGUGUUUGAUAUAAGCAGAGAAAGAUGGUCAAAACAGCAGCAGAAUACCAGAAAGCGUACAGAGAACGCAAAAAGGCAAGAGAUGAAACCUUUUUAGAGAAGGAAAGAGCCAGAGCAAAAGGAUAUAGAAAGCCGAUACUCGCCAAAACAAAGAAAGACCAAGCCUUGAUAAGAGAAAGAAAUAAACAGUAUAGCCAGAAGUACCGUGAUAGACAAAAGACCUUAAAGCAAACCCAAGUUAGAAGUACCACAAUAACGACUGAGGCUGAAGAGAAAUCCGAAGAGGACGAGCACUCCAAUGUUGUUUCAAGUACAUCCAGUGAACCUGUUGCAAGAGCAAAGCGAGGCCAAUCAACACUUUUGGUUAAACUAUCAUUUCCUCAGAAACGAAGAAACAAACGGAAAUCAGAUGCACUCAAAAGAGUUCACAGCAAAAUCCAAAGGCUCAAUGGACAGAUAUCUUCCCUUACAAGAAACAAAAACAAGUGGGCGAAACGAUGCCAGAGGAUUUCUAAAAAGAUUAUACUCUCGGCUGAAGCUGACGGCAUCACCACAGCUGCCAACAAUGAAAAAUCAUUGACACCAAAAAGCAAGACAAUAGUAGAAUUGAGACGAGAUGGAGUAAGUCCGAGAAAGCUACCGAAAUCUGUUGUAAAGAAGCUAGUGCUGUCCAAUGCAAUAUUAGACGAAAUCAAAUCGAGCCGUCGUGCCAACCCACAACAGCUGCGACGAAACAUUGCAACUCGUGUGAUAAGCGGGAAAAUAUUAAAAAAGUACAAAUGUGUGUCUAUGGUUAGCAAGAAAACCGGCAUAAGUUUGACAGAACUGAGAAGACAUCAGGACAAAGUAAUAGAGUUUAGAAAGCGAUCAAGGAUGAAAGCAGAGAGGGAUCAAUUGAAGGCUCAUGUCGUGGAGUUCAUAGAACAAGAUGAUGUAAGCGUAAUGAUGCCAGGGAAAGCAGACGCAAAAUUAUAUGAAGGAGAGAAACGGCAGAUUCGCAUACUUACAGACUACAUGUCUAACAUUCACUAAAGAUUUCAAGCAGAAACUCAGAAGAAAAUUUCGCCGGCUCUUUUUUGUAAACUACGCCCUGCGUACAUCAAACUUACUUCUUCAAUGUCAAGAAAUACCUGUCUAUGUUCAAGACAUCAGAGUUUUGCCAUGAAACUGAACUGCCUUCGUUUACAGGGCGUUGACAUUUCCAAAAACCCAGAGACUGUAUGUAAGAACACGACGCAAGAGCAAAUGGAAAUGCUUCUUGGUGGCAUUUCAAACGCGGAAGUAGAAUAUGAAACAUGGCGCCGGGUAGAAGUAGAUGGUAAGAGAAAGAUGAAAAUAGUAUCGGUUAAGUGUAGUAAAGACGACUUCAUAAUCCUGAUGAAGGAAGAAUAUGAAGCAUUCCUGAAUCACAUGAGCAGAGUUACAGCCCAAUAUACAGCACUGAAAUCGUUAAAAGAAAACCUACCGAGCAAUGACAUGGUAGUGCAAAUGGACUUUGCUGAAAACUUUACGUGUGGAACAUCUCACGAAAUCCAGAGCGCAUAUUGGAAUGCCAGUUCAGUCACAUUACAUCCGGUGGUUGUAUAUUUCAGAGGCACGGAUAAUAGUCUAGAGCACUUGAACUUUGUCUUUGUGUCUAAUGCUCUGCAACACAACUCUUCAGCCGUGAUUACGAUAAUGAAAAAGCUAUGCAAAGAAUUAAGAGAGAUAUUCCCUGACGCUCGACAAAUUCAUUACUGGACGGACAGCCCUUCCUCCCAGUAUCGUAAUCGAUUUGUGUUUGAUGCUAUCUUGCACUUUGCCGAACGAUUCAGUGGAUUUUCGGCACGUUGGAAUUACUUUGAAUCCGGCCAUGGUAAGGGCCCUUGUGACGGCAUCGGUGGUGUUGCUAAGAGAAAGGCAAGUGAUGCUAUAAAGCAGGGAAAAGCCUGUAUCCAGGAUGCUUUUGACUUUUCAAUUGGGCAAAGGGAAGUUCUGUUAACAUCAAGUACCGUUUCUACACCACCGAUGACGUUGACACAACUGCUGCUGAAAUCCAGAAAACGAAUCCUCUUCCAAUGCAAGGUACAAUGAAAGCACACGCUGUGUUUCCUAAAGACGGUGGCUUGUUCUCAAGAGAGGUAUCCUGCUAUUGCAAAUCUUGUAUCAUUGGUGACACUCUAUGCAAUGGCUGGAUAUGGCAUGGUAUGGCAAGGAAGGUAGCCGAAUUUAUAGAUGAUGUUAAUCAUGAAAUGGAACCCACCCCUGCAGCUAUACCAAUGGCUGUACCUGCAGAACUAGACGUGGUCCCCAAGAAAGGUGACUUUGUGGCUGCCGUCUAUGAAGGGGUCUGGAACGUUGGAAAAGUUCUUAAGGUUGACGAAUCGGAUGGCGAUGCUAAAAUUUCCUUUAUGAAAAAAGCUCGUGGAAGCACAUCCGUUGAAAAAUUCAAAUGGCCGCAGCCUCCAGAUAAGAUAUGGGUCAAAUUCAACGAGAUUCUUUGUAACGUCAAUGAACUAGAGCCUGUUGGAAAGUCCGGAAGAGAAUUCAAAUUAGGAGAAGACGAUCACGAACUAAUUUGCCAGAUAUUUCAGAUGAAAUAACUUAACGGCAUCAGAUACGUUAAAAGUGUCGCGUUGUUAAAAUCCAUGUUCCACGUUCAUAUAACCGUUCAAAGUUAAUUAAGUGUAUACUUUAUCGAAAGUAUACCGUUUCUUUAGGCAAAUGUUGCAUUUAUAAACGAUUACCAUUUUCAAUAAAAAUUUCAGUUUCAUACAUCAGAUACGUUAAAUGAUAAACACUGUCUCGUAUAAUAAUACCUUUGUUCAAGCAUGCACAAACACUUAUUUGCGAAAACGUGAAAACACUGAACUAUUCUACAAAAGUUUUCACAAACAAAUGUAUGAACCAAUAACAGUGUUAACUUUAAAAACAAAGUGUGUUUGGUUGACAAAAUAAAAUACGGCAUGUAUAUU